AUGUCUUUGUCUUUCUUUUUUUUCCCUAAUUCAGAGGUGAAAGAGUAUUGGUGGAACGUGGCUGUUGUUGUUGCUGUUGAAAAUUUUGAGAUCCAAGAAGAUUAUUUCCACUACCCGUACAUAUUGAGACUAUUUCGUAAAGAUAGAAAAGAUUCUGUAUUACUUUUCUUUGAUAUUUUAUUAGAUAUCUAUAUUGUUGCAAAUAAUAAUGAUGAACAAAUGGUAUUAAAAUUACAUCGUUUAGGUCGUACAUGUUUUCGACAAUUGAAAAAUAAACGUGAUUAUUUAAAACAUCGAAAAGGCUUUAGUUGGUUAUAUCUUGCACGAUUAGCUGCAACAAAAGAAUUUGCGUUUAUGAAGACAUUAUUUGAUCAUGGAUUUCCUGUACCGAAACCAGUUGAUUGUAAUCGACAUUGUAUUAUCAUGGAACUUGUGGAUGGUUAUCCAUUAUGUCAUAUUAGUGAUAUUGAUAAACCGGGACGUAUCUAUGAUGAAUUGAUGUCAUUGAUAAUUCGUUUAGCCUCUUAUGGUCUUAUUCAUUCUGAUUUUAAUGAAUUUAAUAUAAUGAUUAGUGAUAGUGGUAAAAUAACAAUGAUCGAUUUUCCACAAAUGGUCUCCAUUGAACAUAUAAAUGCUGAAUAUUAUUUUGACAGAGAUGUUCAAUGUAUAAGAGAUUUUUUUCGAAAAAGAUUUAAUUUUGAUACAGAUAUGUAUCCUAAAUUCAGUGAUAUCAAACGUUUAUACUGUCUGGAUAAUGAUGUGAGAGCAUCUGGAUUUACAAAAGAACUUGAGAAACAAUUUGAAGAGGUAUCAGAUACAAUUGGCUUACGUAAUAAUGUUGAAAACGGCAUUAAUGAUCAGUAUGAAGAGGAGAGUGACGAAGAAGAGACACAAAAUAGUAAACAGGAAGAAGAUAACGAAGCGAAUAGUCUUAUUGAAACAAUUACAAAAAUAAUCCAAACUAACGAUAAUUUACCAUCAGACAGUGAACAAUUCGAUACUCUAAAUCUUCAAACUACUGACGACAGUACGAAGAAUACGAUAAUAGUCGAAGAUCAUUCAGAAAAACUGAAAGAAGAGAAUAUCGAUGAUGAAAUAUGUUUACGAGAAACUAAUCGUACUAGUCGGCCAUUUCGAGAUAAUAAUAAUAAUGUUAAUAAAGAACGAGAAGAAGAAGAGCAACACAGUGAUAAAACUAGAAGGGUCAAUUCAAAAUUAUCAACACUUUCAAUAGACACUGAUUAUGUCAGAUCAAAAGUGAAACAAACAUUACAAAAGAAACUAAAACAACAGCAUCGAAGAUUAUGUUCAAAGGGUGAAACAGCAUUAGUGACGGCAAAUAAAAGAGAUUUGAAAGAAACAAUUCAGUUACAUUUGGAAUAA